AUGAGUUCAAGUGUCGGGUUCGUGACACCGAAUCUACGUCAAGGUCUGCGAUCCUCGGCGUGCCGACUGCCUCGUUAUGGGACAAAAGACAACAAGAAGAGUGCUCAAAGAGCCGAGGAGAUGACAGUAGGAGUACUAAUGAGGAAGACUCUGAAAUCCUCCUUCUUUUGUCGUGAUCAAGACCACAAGGCAGGCUCACGGACGGACGGUUGGCCUUCUGAAAUCUUUCAUUAUAUCAUCCUAGACGAUGAUAUGCGACGAGUCUCACAUGCCCGUCUGUUCGACCUCAUCCACAUUACAACCUUGCAUCAAAUGAUGCCGUGGAAUGCAGGACGGGUGCGUCGGUACAACCACCCUCUCUGCCUGGGACACGAACUGGCCGACGCUUUGUCGGCAAAUUCGUACCUUCAGUCUAUCGAUUUCAGCCGCUUCACCAUGGCUUCUGAACCGCCGACGUCGACGGCGCUUGUCCGCAAGAGGACCGACACCGAGUUGAUGCCACCGCCACCCCCUGCGAAAAAGAUCAAACGGCCAAAGAGAGUCAUCGAUGAAGACAGCUAUACCGACGCUCUGUCUCACAUUAUUGCCCGCGACUUCUUUCCGGGCCUACAACAAGCAGAAUCACAGCGAGAGUAUUUGGAUGCGCUGGAAUCAAAGGACCCAGAAUGGAUUUCAAGCGCCACCCAGCGUCUGCAGCAAGCAAUGACUCCCGGACGACAUCAAGCACCCAGCCGCUCGUUCCAUCCUGCUCCCUCCGGCUCCGGUUCAGAAACGCCCAUGGGCUACGCCGGCGACACCCCGAUGAGUACGGUAUCCUCGAGGACAGUGCAGGAAAAGAGCAAACUGGACACGAAAAUGAGCCUAGGCGCAUUCCAGGCGAAAUACACUAGCGAGGACAAUGAGAGUUUCUACAAGUUGUUGGAUAAGCAAAACCAGAAGAGGGCAGAAAAGUACGCUUGGCUGUGGAACGGAAACAAGCUACCUUCCAAGCAACAACUCAAGCAACGGGAGGUGGAACAGAAGUUGCUCGAGAGCGGGAAGAGUCUGGUGGAUGAUGGUUUCAAGAAGGACCGUCUAGCGAUCAAGAGCAAGGAUGACGACCGACCAGCUGCCCCGGCACAUUGGAAAGCAAAACCAAACAACGAACUGAUGUUCGCACCCGAAGGUGUGGACGGGGUGUUGGAGACGCCGGCCGAGCGAGCGCAGAGAGAAUCACGAGCCGAGCCGAAGAGGAUCAUUUACGAAAACACCAGAGUCCCGCAACCCUAUGUGCCUCCCGAAGAUAACCGAUCAAGGGCUACAUCACCGUCACUCUCGGAUGUUAGGAAUGCGAUUGCGGGCAAUCGACGUGCUUGCGAUACAGAGACCAGCGUCGGAGGAGGUGGUGAGACACCACGGAUCAACGGCUAUGCAUUUGUCGAUGACGAAGAACCAGAGCCUCCGCGGAAAACGUCCAAAACACCACUUCCGGUGAUCGAUCUUGGUCCAGGUGAUGCAACGCCAAACCCGUUUCACCUUCAGGAGCAAAGAAAGAAGGAGGCGCUACAUCAUCGUAUGGUGGAGCGGAUAUCACAAUCAAAGAGAACGUCAGCCAAGCUAGGACUGACUGGAAAGGUGGAGCGUACGCCUGUACCGAAAUUCCCGAGCAGUCCCCGGGUUUCGGGUGGGUUGACGCCGGCUGCCCAAAGGUUAUGGAGCAAGAUUGGUAGCUCCGGAGGUCGGACUCCCAGCUCGCCGUUUAGUGGUGAGAUUACAAGGACACCAAGGGCUGCUACGCCUAAAGUCAAGACAUCUGGUUUGCGGAAUCCGAUGAAGUAA